AUCAGGUUUUCGGAACCCGCAAGCCCCACGCUCCAGAACCCACCCGGACCUCUCUCUUGUGCAGUCCCCAGAACCUGACCCCCUGCCUUGCUUCCUCUGACCCGGGCGCAAAGUCCUCUCUGCGUCCUGGGCCCGCCCGCGAACUACAGGGUGGCUGAGCGUGUCCUGCCGCCGCCUCCGCGCAGCGCGGGACUGCAGAGCUGGCUCCUACCCGGCCCCGCACUCUUUCUCCCCCGGCGUACGCAGCGCUUGCAGGCCCUUCAAACUGGCACAAGCUGUAUCCCAUUGCCCAGGGAGACCGCCAGUCACCCAUCAAUAUCAUAUCCAGCCAGGCUGUGUAUUCACCCAGCCUGCAGCCAUUAGAGCUUUUCUAUGAAGCCUGCAUGUCCCUCAGCAUCACCAACAAUGGCCACUCUGUCCAGGUGGACUUUAAUGACAGUGAUGACAGAACUGUGGUGACUGGGGGCCCCCUGGAAGGGCCCUAUCGUCUCAAGCAGCUCCACUUCCACUGGGGCAAGAAGCACGAUGUGGGCUCAGAGCACACGGUGGAUGGCAAGUCCUUCCCCAGUGAGCUACAUCUGGUUCACUGGAAUGCCAAGAAGUACAGCACUUUUGGGGAGGCGGCUGCAGCCCCUGAUGGCCUGGCUGUGGUUGGUGUCUUCCUGGAGACAGGAGAUGAGCACCCGAGCAUGAACCGCCUAACCGAUGCACUCUACAUGGUCCGAUUUAAGGACACCAAGGCUCAGUUCAGCUGCUUCAACCCCAAGUGCCUGCUGCCCACCAGCCGGCACUACUGGACCUAUCCUGGCUCCCUGACCACGCCCCCGCUCAGUGAGAGCGUCACUUGGAUUGUGCUCAGGGAGCCUAUCAGAAUCUCUGAGAGGCAGAUGGAGAAAUUUCGGAGCCUGCAUUUUACCUCAGAGGACGAUGAGAGGAUCCAUAUGGUGAACAACUUCCGGCCACCUCAGCCACUGAAGGGCCGAGUGGUCAAAGCAUCCUUCCAGGCCUGAACAUCCCACUUACCCAGCCAGCCACUGGGGCACCAUCUUCCCAAGGGCUUCCAUGUCAGCGGACACCAAACCAUCUGAGGCUCGCUCCCGGGGGUUGCCCCAGGCCCUCCUUCAGCUGGCUUGCUCCUUGGCCACAUUGAAGGGUUCUUGAUGGAACCAUUGAGUAGAGGGUACCCUCCUGCUGCCCUGAGGUGAGGGGCUGGAAGAACAGGAACUGAGCAGAGUCCAAGUUCCUGGGAUGCCUCUGUUUCCCCUAGACCCAAAGGCCCCUUAGAACGUCCUCUUGUCUUCCAUGCUGGCUGUGUCAGCAGCCCCAACUGGAGCUCACACUGUGAUGGCCAAGAUUCAGCUCCUGGUGGCAAGCAGCUGUCUCUGCCAUAAAGACUCAAGCAAUAAUUAGAGGUGGGUAGAGUUGCCCACUCCGCAUUACCUCUUCUGCAGGCCUCUGCCAUACAUGCACCUCACUGCCAGGCCAUUAAAAUAGCACCCAGAUGCUGGAGGCGAUGUGGCCUCCUCCAGCCAUUUGCUGCCACGGGCAGGCCCUGGCUAUAGCUUAGAUACUAUCUCCCUUUGUUCCUAACCAACCACCAAAGUCACCUACAUAACAAUCCAUUCAUGUACUAACAAAUAAACUCAUUUAUUCAUGGAACAAA